AAGCGGAAAAGGGGAACCGGCAGCAGCCCCCUGCAGUUCCUUCUCUUCUAGCCCUUGGGACGCUACCGCCACGCGGAAAGCAGUUGCGGGCGAGCGGACUGCCACAGAGGAGGAGCUUUCGGCCGCAGCCUAGUAACACCGAGGGGUUAGCAGUGGCCACCAUGGGUUCUGUGAAUUCCCGAGGUCACAAGGCAGAAGCCCAGGUGGUGAUGAUAGGCCUCGACUCAGCUGGGAAGACCACGCUCCUGUACAAACUGAAGGGCUACCAGCUGGUGGAGACCCUGCCCACUGUUGGUUUCAACGUGGAGCCUCUCAGAGUCCCUGGGCAUGUGUCUCUGACCAUCUGGGAUGUAGGGGGGCAGACCCAGCUGAGGGCCAACUGGAAGGACUACCUGGAAGGCACGGAUGUCCUCGUGUAUGUGCUGGAUAGCACAGACGAAGUUCGCUUGCCCGAGGCGGUGGCUGAGCUCGUGGAAGUCCUGAAUGAUCCACACAUGGCCAGCGUCCCUUUCUUGGUGCUGGCCAACAAGCAGGAGGCGCCCGAUGCUCUGCCGCUGCUUGGGAUCAGAGACCGGCUGGGCCUGGAGAGAUUCCAGGACCGCAGCUGGGAGCUCCGGGCCUGCAGUGCCCUCACCGGUGCUGGGCUGCCCGAGGCCCUGCAGAGCUUGAGAAGGCUCCUGAAAUCUGGCUGCCACUGUGUCUCCACGUGAGCGCAGGUGCGGCAGGGGAGUGGGGAGAGCAAGAAGACUGGACCCGGGCAGAGCAGCAUGCCUUUGCCCAUACGAACUGAAAGAAGCCGCUAGUCCUUGAGAAUCUUAAACUCAUUUUGUCAAACAAGACGUCCUUCUGUGCUUGGACAGGAUAUUUUCUUCUUGGGGCUUAUUGUCACUAGGGUUUAUGCUGAAAACCAACUAUUCUUUGAAUAAUAAUACUCUAAGGGGAAAAAAAUGCCUCAACACACUUCCUUUAAUAACAUUACCAAGGGUGAACUGAGCAAUUGUAAUAAUAGAACAAUGAAUGGUUGCAUUACAAUUAAGACCUAAAUUUACAGAGGGAAAGAGGUUUCAAAAUCAGAUUAGAAUAUCAUCUGGACAUGGUCACGAUCUUAGGAGUGAUUUUUCCCUGGUGCCCCUGGGUAUGUGCCACAAUCACUGUGAGUGCAAGCUGCCAGGGCUAGCAGAUUGGAGUAGGUGACUCUGCCCCCACGGAACCUUGGGUUUAGAAGUUCGCUGGGGCAUUUGGCCCUUGGCAAGAGGCUGGGAGUUAAAGCCUUCCAAAAUUUAUCCUUGUCUCUGACCCUGAUGAACUCUUCUCCACCUUUUAUCAUCUUGUAUUGGUCUUUCUCUAAAACGCUUCAUUUUUAUCUUUUUUUUCUUUCUCUUUUCUCCAUACAGCACAUAUCUUUCCUUAAAGAUCAGAUUAAUGAAAGAUUUCAUUCAUUUAUUCAUUCAUAUAAUCAACAAAUAUGUAGAGCAUUGAAUUUGGGCAAACAGCACUGAGUUUUUAGUUAUGAGCCAGGCCCUUGAGAUGGGAGGUGUGGAUUUUGAAGAAUACAUGUAACAAAAAUGCUUCUUUCUCAUUAUUAACAGUAAAAAAGAAAGUUGAACAUAGCAUCCUACAAGGGUUUUCAGGUGAUCUUUACCUAGGAACCAUUAAGCUCCUGAAAUUAUUUGCAAAAUGUUAUGCUUUGAGCCUUUUUGGUGGGGGGGGGGAAGAAGAUCCAUAACUGAUCCAUCAGACUUUCAAAGGCUUUUGUGACUCCCAGAAGUUAAGAAUCACUGAUCUGGUCUUAUCUAUCAUCCAACGGAGGAAUACUUUUUAUAGUCUGAGCUUUUUAAUGGCAAGCAGCUCAUAUUUGACACCUGCUCUCAUGUUAAACAGCUCUACAUGUUGGCUAUUCCUACUCUGGGCUAAAACCUUCCUCCUUAUGGAUGGUGGUUCUCCCCUCUCUGGAGUGACACAGUAUAAAUGGGCCCUCAACACUCUUCCGACAUCUGAGAUCCACUAGGUCUUACCCAAAUUCUUCCUUCUCACAUCAGGUUAGGCACGCUAAGUUCUUUCCACUACUUGUCAGUAGAUAGGUUUUCCUGUGUCAGGCACAGGAAAGUACAAAGAUGCAAAGACAGAUUGGGCAAGGCCUCAGGCCUCAUGGAGCUCUGCUUGGGGAAGCAGUAGAACAAAUCUCCCAUAAAAAAAGCAGAUGGAGGCUCAAUUCAGCAACUGUUUAUUGAGCACUUCCUGGGGUCAAGUUCUGUGCUCGGUGCUUUCCAUAGUUAUCUCUAAUUCUCUCAAUUCUGCAAAGUAGGUAUCAUUCUCAUGUUGCAUAAUUAGAAGCUGAGGCUGGGGGAGGUUCUGACUUGCUUGAGGCACAGAACUAUUAAGUGACAUAUCUGGAAUUUGAAACCUGGUAGGUCUAGCCCAAAUGAUGCCUGUAUUCUUCCACAACAUCAUGUUUCUAGCAGGUUGAAGCCAAGGUUGAGCUUCAGUCAGCUGAUGUGAUGAGGGAAGCAGUCGAGUCAGAUGAAGAAGACUGCUUGGAAGUAUGAGGGGGAGUGAAGGAAGGACAAGUAAGCUGUUGUGGGGUGAGGGGUGGAUGCGGGGGAUGUAUUAUAAUAGGAAACAAAACUGGAAAGAACUUUUAAGUCCAAGCUGGGGAAGAUUUGGACUUUCGUAAUCCGGAUUUGGCUCAGGGAAGUGAAACCAGUGGACUUACCAUUUAGGAGGAUAAUUUAGUGGCUGUGUAGGGUGGGCUAAAAAGAAGGGGGACACUGGAGUCAGGCAGGCAGGGAGACCAGCUAGCUGCCUUCGCAGUAACAGAGGAGAGGGGAGAAGAAAGAGGAGAAAUUGAAAGCCAUUUUUGAGGGAAAAAGCUGAGAGAAGAACAAGUUGAAGAUGGUGUUAAGAUUUUGAGUGUAUGUGACAGGAAGGAUUGGAAUGACCUGAGAAGGUGGACACAGGAGGAACGAGUUGGGAUGGGGCCGGAAUUGGUGGGCUCUGGUCUUAAAGUGCUGGGUAUGGACGUGUUGAUAGCUUCUUUCAGAUUGUUCUAUUACCUGCAGUCCCUGAAAUACCGAGUACCCUGCUGGAUGCAUCAGCUGGUUCCCACACACAGAGGCUCCUUUCCCUCCUGAUGUGUCAGUUUUUAUCAUGAGCUCAUCUUUGGUAUGAUUUGUUUUUCCUGUGUGACCCCCAAGUGCCCUGCGUUGUGACAAUGUUUCUACACAGAGUGGUUUCACAUUAGUGUUGACUAGGCUCCUGGAGGUUUCAACUGUUUUAGAUCAAACAUUAUGUUAAUUUCUCUGCUUGGGGCUCACGGCCUCACAGGUGGCAUCGAUGUGGGUUCUGUGCCCAUUCAUGGCACAGGCCCUAGGCAUUCAGUUUCUGACACGUGACUUUUCUUUUGCACCCAUGACCCAAAAAGACCAUUUACUUCUUCAUACUUUCCUGAGCUAGUGAAUACCAUUUCCCAAUCCCCUUUUUAGGGAAGGGGCAUCUCUUUGAUGCUCUUGCUUUUCUCUUGAGCUCAAAUCAAAAUUUUCUCUCUUCCAAGCAAGCCUAAGGCCAUACCUCCUGUUCUCAUACAGGUGUUAUAACCUUAGCCCGGUCCCUAGAGCCUAACCUUGGCUUCUCUAGUAUCUCCGUGGGCUCCAGGCUCCCAGCUUACACUUACCGCCUUUGACUGUGGUUUUGCUCUUCAUUUCUGUCACUUGAUAUCCUUUCUUUUGUUCAAGGACAGCAUGUAUUAAAAUGCAAUUUUUUGGUGAUAGUUUACCCAACAUUUCCAUCCCUCUGUAAUAGGCAAGGGUCCAUCUGCUAUGGACUGUCUUUCUGAAUGUCCUGAACUGUUUUGAUAUGUGGCAGGGAGAUCUGUACUUAGGAAGAUGGCUUGGGUAGCUGACUUGGGGUGGAGAGGGGGUCCUAAAGCAGGGAGGCAGGGUAGAAGGUGACCAGGAUGUCUUUUGACUGACAUGCACGCUCUUGCCACCCCUGGGGCAAACAGACAUCCUGUCACUGCAGAAGCCAUCACGCUGUGGGCAUCUGUUUCCUUUCUCUUGACAAUUGUCCGUCUCUUUUCUAACAUCAGGAUGCACCAAGAUCUUGUCCAGCUCUGAGAGCGUUCUCCUUGCUUGGACCAAACAGAAUGGACAGGGGGACCAGUAGAUAGUGUGUGACGACAGCCCCAAAUCCUUGAAGGCAGAUGUGCUCUUAACAAGCCCCAGGAGCUCUCCUCUCAUCAGCACCCCCUUGGAUAAGAUUUGGGAAGAAGGAUAACAAAACAAAAUAUCCUAAGAACCGUGCCCAUUAGUGCUCAGUUGGUGUUGACCAGAACUCCUUGCUGGUCCCUGCUUGAAGGGAUUGAAUGCCAAAUCAGUCACAGAAUCACCCAGCAGGUGAGUUGUGGAAUGGGAACUAUACAACUCUCUGGACAGAAGGUGGAGUUUGAGAGCCUCAGAGUCCAAGGGCAGCCUGCCAGCCUUCAACCUCCCCAGCUUCUGAGACGUUUGACUCGUGUGAGUAUGGGAACGCCAUGGCAUGCAACGCCCCCCCAGCACCUUCCUGGGAUUUCCCAUGCCCCUCUGUGCAUGUGCUCUGGCUCUUCAAGCUUCCAUGUCAGCAGGCAGUCCUGUAGUUACAUGAGUGAUGCUAGCUAGCUGUGGCAGCAGGCCUCUGGGGUCACACAAUCUUAGGGAAGCCUCCUGAACCCCAAGUGUCUUUUAGGCUUAGGAUGUUUUCCUGUUUGAAUCUUGCCCACGAUUUUAAGGCUUUCAGAUCCCACCUUGCAGGAAGCUCUGCCCGUAUGCCUCAGCCCAUGCUCAUCCCCUUCCUGAACUCUCCUGGUGCUGGCCCACUUGUUAGUGCCUGAAUUGGGGCUGUUCUACACCUGGGCACAUAGUCUCUCCAAGGAUGGUCUAAGUUCCUAGGAGUUCAGGGGAUGCCUUACACCCUUUGAUCCUCUUCAAAGCCUAUAACGAUAUUAGGUACUGAGAGCUGCUCAUUAAAUAGCUGGGUGAAUAAUGAAUAACUGCUUAAAGCUAUUGAACUGGGUGUCAUGGCGGGGAGUCCCCAGGUCCUCUGAACUGUCCAGAGUGAAAUCCCCAAAUGAGAACUCUAAGAGGCUCAUUAGCUCGAGAGCCAAAAUGGCAGCACGAACCUGUACUUCAGGCAUCCUCUGUAGUAAAGAUAACAGCAAAAAGUCAUACAUGCUCUUUCCGGAACAUGUCAUGCUCAGAACCACCUGACUUGUAGUCUGAGUAGGAGAGUGAAUGCUAAGUGGGGACCUAGUGAGGUAUGGCAGGGGGCCGCCGGGGAGGCCAAGGCCCUGGAGGUAGGUGGCCAGUGAGAGCACGCGCAGGGCCCAGAGCCAGUGCCCGGGAGGAGGCCAGGUUGCUCUCCUGCCCAGGCAGGGGCCCUGCCUUGCCCACUCCAGGGCUCCCAUCCUUCCUUCUGCUUCCACCCUAACACUGGUGGUGCUGGAGGGAGGCUAAGACUCCAUCCUUUCUCAGAGCCUUCCCUGAAGACCACGGGGAAGCUAGCCUUGCCUGCCUGGAAGCAAAAUGACAAUAGGUCCAGGCUAGCCCUUGCAAGUGGGAAUCACACUCCCUUUGCUGCUGGCAACUGAAGGGUAGGGCAGUCAGUAGUCAGUAGGGUAACCUCAGCCCUUGCUUCGCCACCUGAGGCAGGCCAGGGCCCUCCAAGGCCAUGGAAGCGGGAGGUAGGGGGGCAGAUGGAAGGGUUUCCCUCCUGCUCUUCUGUUCAGAGAGAUACAUAUUCAUAUUCACACACAUAUACACAUUACAGAGCUACAAACAGGAAAUCUUAGGAAAAAAUAAAUCAUGCUUUCUGGUUUGUUUUUUAAAUGGUGCUCUCCUUACCUGAGAGGUACUUUGCCUAUUCCAAUUCCCCACACCUUUCAGAUCCAUCAAGCUCCCAUUAAUCCCCGAGAGUGAGUGAAGGAGCAGCAAUGUGCACCAGUGGACGUGGCUAUAAAUGCAGGACAGCAGGUGUCUGUUUUCUUCUUAAAUUAAAAUGCCUCUGUUCUUUUUUACUGCGAACACUGUGUACAGUGAGAACCGUUCCAGUUUGGAGAGCUGAUUACCCAUCUGAAUAUGAGGCUGAGUUUCUCCCUUUCUGACUCACGGAUUUUAAAGAUUUUUCUCCUUCCUCUCUUGGUCAGAAUCAAUCCUCUGGUGAAAGUGAACCACAGGGGUUGGUUUUGAUUUGGUUCUGCUGUGGUUUUCAGUUGUCUGUCCUCCCCGGUCUACACACGCACAUCCGCCUGCGGGGCUGGGAUAGUUGUGUCCCUCCAAGUGGACCAGGCGCCCAUGCCCCACACGUGGGUGAGCCAGGACCUUGCCUUUCCUUCUUGUUCUCAAGGAUUUAGAGCACACAUCAACACCUCAAGUAUUCCCAACCCAGCCUCGGGUGGGGUGGUGAGGUCCCCUCACAGAAGACUUGCACUUUCCUCAGAACCAAGAUGAUGCAACUCAGUGGGGUGAGUGGAGAAUGGGCAGGGGGAGGAGGGAAGGUGGGGCGGAGCCCUCCCUUCCAGAAGCCCCAGGUCCGGCCUUCAGACAGAUGGAAGUCAAAUAGGAAUGAGGAGUUGUUUAGUCUGUGCCUCUUUCUGCAGAGCCUGGGAUGAGAUGGGAGAGUCCCUGGGUGAACAGGAGGUGGAGAGGCCAACCUUUGCUGCCACCUCUUGGCCUGGAAGGACAAAUACAAAUUCAAAAUAGGAGAGUUAAUUGUCCCUGUUGAAAAGAAGAGACUUCUCCCUGCAUCCCUUUUCUUAGAGCAUUAACUUUAGACAACUUGUAAGUUCCUUCCUCUGUCUCUUUGAAAUGUAUGUAAAUCCUUUAAAAA